AGUCCAAAACAUUUGAGAAGUUUUAUUAUAUGCCUCACAUAACUGACAUUAGUUGUGUGAGACUACUUUUUGUCUCACAACUUUGUGGACCCCUUUUCCGAAACAUUUCAGCUGUGACCUCUUACUACUGUGACAUGUCUGGUCCCUUUGACAAACACCAGGGUGCCAUGAUUUCGAGCAGCAACUUCAUUCAUAAGACUCACUAUGAGAUCCUAGGUGUGAAGGAAGAUGCAGAUUUUGAAGAAAUCCGUAAAGCCUAUCGGUCAGCCAUACUUUGUUUUCAUCCAGACAAGCAGCAAAAGCCAUCAGAAAUAUCCAAUUCUGAGUGUCUGACAGAGAAUAAAUUUUUGGAUAUACGGAGAGCUUGGGAAACCCUUGGCAACCCGAGGUCACGUGCACUUUAUGACGGUGAAUUGCUAGCUUUGAGGCAGGACAUAGCAAUUGCUGAAGAUGUUAGCUUAGAGGACCUUACAGUUCAAGAUUCUGGUGAUGUUAUAGAGCUUUCUUAUCCUUGUAGAUGUGGUGACUACUACUUUAUUGAUUCUUUAGAAUUGGCUGACACGGGUUGUUCAAUAUCCAUAGAAGGGUGUACAGUCUCUUUGCUGACAUCUAAAUCUUUGCCAGCAUCUAUUGUGCUUCCUUGUGGAUCUUGCUCACUUAAAGUUCGCCUACUGAUUAAUGGCGAUACUAGGCUUCACAGAGAUGUUCACUUGUAAUUGUGACUAGUUGGAAAAUAUUAUUCUCUACAAAACUUUUGCAAAAUUUUUGGAAAUUGAAAUGACAAGGGAAAAUCUGAAAUUUCUUGUGUUUUUUUUUUGGUUACUUGCGUGCCAACAAAUUGGAAGGGCCAAUACCUGAGUUUUUCCUGAUUGAGAAUGCUUAC